UGAGCUAUCCACUCGCACAUUAUGUGGAAGGUCAUAGUAUUUGUUAGUAUUGUUACUGCCGCUCCGACGGACAACUACAGCGUCAUAAACUUUAAUCCUAUCAACGAGUUCACAUUAAAACUCCUCGAUAAUACUUACGCGUUUCAAGAAAGCUUCGGACAAAAAAAUGUUGCUAUAUCACCUCUCUCAGCUUGGAGCAUUUUCUCUUUACUAGCUGAAGGAUCGGCUGGAGAAACUUUUCACGAACUAAUGAAAGCACUGAGACUACCGAAUGAUCUACGUGCGACUCAAAUGCUUCAUGGAGCAGUAAAUAGUUUAUUGAAGAGCGCAAAUGAAGAUGUCACCCUAUAUAGUCAAACAGCAAUGUUCUCGGAAGUAAGUUUAAUGAUACAUCCCGAAUUUUGCAGAUCUGCUAAUCAUUACGGCACAGAUAUUUUUAAUGUAGAUCCAUCAAAUACUACUGAGUUCGCCAAUUUUAUUAAUUACUACGUUUGUAUGUCCACGGAAGGUAAAAUCCGUGAGGCAGUGCGACCAGAACUACUCGAAGAUUUAAAACUGAUUUUGGUUGAUGUUCUUUAUUUUAAAGCCAGCUGGGCUCAUCCUUUUGACACAACACAAACAAAGGAAGAAGCUUUCUAUAACUCUCAAGGAAAAUCAAUUGGGUCAGUCAACAUGAUGUACCAUAAGGCGCCACACAAUAUUGGAGAUUCCACACAAAUUGGAGCGCAAAUUUUAGAAAUGACUUAUGGUAAAAAUGAACAAUAUUCCAUGCUUAUCCUAGUGCCAUUUGAUGGGAUACCAAUACAAAAGAUGCUGAGCAAUUUGGCCACACAACCGCUGGAUUGGAUGACGGAGUACAAAAUAUCUGGAAGUUUGCCAGAAAUUGACUGUUACAUUCCGCGUUUUAAGAUAUCAUCUCGAACUGAUUUGAUUCCCCCGUUACAAUACGGUGGCAUACAGAGAAUAUUUGAUAGAAUGAAUGCUGAAUUGCCAGGAGUAUCGGAUAGUCCAUUGUUUGUUUCAAAAACAAUUCAGAACGUAGAGAUUGAGGUAAAUGAAGAGGGCACUGUUGCAGCGGCUUCAACAAUAGUUGGUCUAGAAGAUAGAAUUUUAGGACAGCGCUUUGAAGCGAAUAAGGAAUUUGCGUUUAUUGUGAUGGAAAGAUCGUCUGGUUUAAUGUUGCUUGCUGGUGUUUACGCGGAUCCUCAUGUUGUACAGACAAACGGAACGAUGAAAUGCUUAUUAAGUUUUUUUGUGUUUACGAUCGCGUCGUGUUUUGCUAUUAGUGUAGAUUUCAGUGAAAGACCAAGAAAUUUUAGCAUAGAACUAAUAUAUCAUACUCAAUUAGAAGAAAAUGGGCAUGUUGUCAUAUCGCCUUUUGGAAUAUGGAGCUUGAUGACAGGCGUUACGAUUGGUACUUUAGGUAAAAGCAGAGAUCAACUGAUAAGAGCAUUUGUUUUACCUCCAUACGAUGAUUUAAUUCUAAACGGAUAUGCAAAUAUAACUAAAACAGUUUUGGACCCAACCACCAAAGGAGUCACACUUAAAACUCAAAACUUUCUUUUCCUUGAUAAAGGUUUCAGCAUAUUUGAAAAUUACAAAAAAAAACUGACAACAGAUUUUGCGGCAAUGAUUGAAAAUCUAGACUUUCAAAAUCCAACGACAGCUGCUCGUGUAGCGAAUAAAAUUAUUAUGAACUCUGGUGCCACCGUCUCGAAUGUGAUGCGUUCAUCUGACUUUGCAGAAUCAAGAAUGAUCUUGACCAAUGUAAUUUCUUUCAAGGGCCUAUGGUCGUCGCCUUUUAACACAACAGAUACGGUACAGGAACCGUUCUAUGAUGAGAAUAAAAAUUUGCUUGGCAGAGUUAAUAUGAUGUAUCAAAGAGCACCAUUACCUUACUCCCACAUAAAGGAAAUGAAAGCUUUCGUAUUGCAAAUGUCAUACGGAAACGAUGACAAAUAUUGCAUGCUCGUUGUUUUACCGUAUCCAAAAGUUAAAGUGACUGAUGUGUACAAGAAGUUUGCAAGCGUAUCCCUCAAGGAUAUAUUUGCCAAAAUUGAUGAUGACGUAAAAGAGUUCGGAUUGGAAGAUGUUGACGUUAAAUUGCCCAGAUUUAAAAUAAGUACGAACAUUGUUUUAAACAAGCCGUUAAACCAAAUGGGUGUUUACGAUAUAUUCAAUCCAAAUAAGGCAAACUUCAAGCGAAUUACAGAGGAAGAAAUAUAUAUCUCCGCGAUAGUACACAAAGCUGACAUAGAGGUCACGGAGUCUGGGACCGUAGCAUCGGCAUCUACCUCGGCGUAUUUCUCCGACCGUAUAUCAACUCCAAACUUCGAAGCAAAUAGGCCUUUUAUAUACUUCGUAAUGGAAAAACCCACUGCUACUGUAAUAUUUGGUGGAAUAUAUAUGAAACCAAGUGAAUUUUAGAUGACGCAAGUGUUGUGCGUUAUGUAAGAACAUAUUUGUAGAUGUUUGUUAUGUGUAUAUGUUAUGAAUAUCCAAACACUCACAAUGAAUCCGUAGGAAUUAGUGCUUCUUGACCUGUGUUCAAUGCAUACCUAUUGAAAUAACAAAAAUACUCAAAACCACUCUUACUGUUGAUUUUGUUACUAGUGUUAAUAUAGUCUUACUUAAAUCUAGUGUGGGCAAGACUGAAAAUAAGUGUCAUGAAUCUAAUUUUUAAUGAAUGUAUUAUUUUAAAUUUUGAUUCUCAUAAUCAUCAGCUUUCACUAUGUUUCUUCACAGCAUCUUUUGCUAUGCUAAAAAGUAAAUAAAUCUAAUAAUUGGAAAGGGUGAAACCACCCAUAUAAUGUUUCUCAAGUAGUCUAUUUAAAGCAAUGACUCUAAUUUAAAAUAAAGUAUCUGUUUUCAUAAAAAAAAAAUUGAAAUUGCCAACUUUAAUUUUAUUAUUGUAAUGACUUGAAUGAGAUGACUUACAUGUUUAAGCUUUUGAUUAACACCUAUAUGUGUAAUUUAUUUUUUUAUAUUAUCUAGGAGUUCCAUAACCAUAACCUUUUUGUUGUUGCAGUAGAAGCGCGUGGCCCCAUUUGACCUUAAAUUUUUGUGGUUGUCACUGGGUACUUUGUUAUGACAACUUUGCACGGUUAUUUCUCUAAAAUUAAUGUGCACAGAACAAAGAAGUGAAACAAAUAUUUUUCAUUAUUACGGAUGAAUAAUAUAAUACUUCACGGCUUAGGUAUACACCCUUUGCAUCGGGUUAUCCCGCCUUUCAAAAUAGUCGUGUACAAGAACACGUUGCCGAUGCCAGAUUGUAUUAAAUAUAAUUAUUGAUUUGACUUACCAACUUAUACAUAUAAAUUUAAUAUGCUUACAUAAUUUAUAGCCAGCAGGGCUUAUUUGCAUUUAUUAUACUAUUUAUUAAUAACACUGAUUAAAUAUAAAUAUCACCAAAUAUUUGUAGCUACCCGAGGAUAGCCAACGUUUCAUCGUUUUGUUUAUGUAAAUUAGGUAUAUAAAUUUGAUAAAAAUAAAGUUUUAAUCACACAGCCUGAUACAAACAUACUUACUAAGAAAUGC